UGUUUAUGUAUAAAAUAUUAUUUCUCUUGUCAAAAUAUUUUCAAGGUUUUCAAAUGUAUUUGGUUUCACUUCAUUAACUACUAAAAAUGAUAAUCAUAAAAACUAAAUGAAUAUGUUACAGAUCCACUUUUCUAGUUAAGGAUGUUGAGACAAGGGUCUUCAUUCAAGACAAAUGACUUAUAGAAAAAUUAGUUUAACAUUGAAGAAAAUACCAAUCAGUGAAUACUUCAUCAAAAUAUAUAAUUUGGGCAUGAAACUUUGCUUUGAAGUAACAACUUCCAAAAGCAUGGAGAAAACAAUAUGCAGAAAAACCCCUAUUCCCUCGAAAUAUUUUGAUGUGCCAUCUAGAAUAUCCAUGCUUUUUCGUCUUAUAUCGAAGACUAAUAUAUCGAAAAGGUGCCUAAUGACGUUAACUGACCAAACUCAUUUGAAAGUGAUGGCGUCGACAGCCAUUUUCACCAUAGAGCAUAUUCUGGAAGAAAGAUCAGCAUAUAGAGAGACAGAACCGAAAAAAAAAUCAACCGUGCAGGCAUCAGAAAAACCAAAACAGAAAGUUAAACAUUUAAAACUGGCAACAUCAAAACCGCCUUCGAAAGAAGUUGAGUCGGUCCAAGAAGAAACCGGAAGUUUGGAAGAGAUUUUGAAAGAUAUCGAUGCAAAACUGGAUAAACACAAAGACUUGGAGAGAUGCCUAAGCAGGUUGAAAAAAUUGCAGACCAAGUAUUCCGACGAUCCUCAGAUAUUGUGGAGAAUAGGAAAGGCUCAUCAAAAAAUUGCCGAGAAGGAAAAAGAUGUUGGAAUGAAGAUGAAACACGUCGAACAAGGAAUCGAGUCUUGCCGGACAUCCCUUGAUAUGCAACAUAAUCAAGCAGAUGCACAUAAGUGGAUGGCCAUCUUGAUAGGCUAUAAGGGCCAGUACCAGUCAGUUAAAGAGAAGAUACACUGUGGGAAGUUGUUUAAGAAACAUUUAGACAUAGCUAUAUCACUUAAUCCAUCCGAUCCAGUUCUCCAACAUAUGGCUGGGAGAUUUUGCUUGGAAAUAGCUUCGCUCUCUUGGAUAGAAAGAAAAAUCGCCAAUUCCGUCUUCUCGGAUCCUUUAAAUUGUUCCAUAGAGAUAGCAAUGAACCAUUUCGUACAAGCUGAGAAGUUAAUGGGAAAAGAAGAAUGGAAAGAGAACAAACUUUUCAUUGCUAAAUGCCAUAUUCAGGAAGAGGAAUAUAAGAAAGCUUUGGAGUGGUUGGAUAAGGCAAAAAAAGCUAAAGAUGAUUCGGCGGGCGAAAGUGUAAAAAGAGAAAUAGAACAGCUAUUGAAAAAAUAUUCAAAAUACAGAUGAUCAAUACCGAAACUUUAAUUUUCAUCAUGGAUGAUUUAUUAUUUCUUCCCAUUAAUUAUCUUAUGGAAAAUAUGUAGCUGCUGAUGUUGCUAUGUUGGAACCAGGGAUUUAUCGUUCCGAAUUCCUAUAAGAAAAUUUUCAACAAUUCAAUCCGAAACUAUUAGGCCAAUGAUUUUUCUUAAUAUACAUUAUGUUUUGAUGGAAAUCAUCAACUGACUCCUUCUUUUUGUUGAAAUAAUGCCUUGAAUUGCGUUUUUUUGGUUUAGGAAUACCAGGCCCGGUCUAGCCAGGUCGGCGACCGCCGAGGGGCCUCCGGCUUAAGGGGGCUUCCAGCCAAACAAAUAAAAGUUUUUGAAAAAAUAUGUUUUUCUUUAUUGUCAAGAUUGUUUCAUUUUAAUGUUUUACAAUGACGGUAUCUUACUACAAAUAAAUUUCAGAAUAAAUAAUAACAACAAACAAACAAUACUUGGACAAAGAUGAGAUAAUUAAUGUUGUGGCCAGGAAUAGUGGAGAACUUGCAAAAAAACUGAUAAGAUAAGAUAGUAAUUGAGAUCGUUAAUUACGAAACUAACAUUGUGUUUAGAAUUUAUGUUGUAUUCAUAUUGGUAACUAAAGUACUCAUUUUGGCCAGCUAUAAUUACGAUUUAUUUUAUACUUUUAUUUGAUUAUUGUAUUAGGCCCUAUUUUAAUUUUAAGAGUCAAUAUAGGAUGUUACAUUGAAGUUCUGUUUAUAAUUUAAAUACAUUGUUUUUUUUUUGCCUUGUGUUUUUCAUUGUCAUGUUCGUAGUUGGUCUCUCAUUAGACUUUCGUUCUAUUUU